AUGGUAACUAUAGACCUUAAUGGUGAACCUGCUGUCGAAGAAGAAACCAUUGUGAAUAUUCCCACGUCCAACCCCCCUACCGUAGGCAUGUCCUUUAAUUUCGGUCACGAGUUUAGUGAAUUUUGUCAUCGUUAUGCUUAUAAAGAAGGGUUUGAGAUGUUUGUGAAAAGUAAUGUUAUUAAGAAGGAAUACAAAGACAAGGGUGUUAGUAAAAUAGGUGUUGGAGAUCUUGAGGCUAGGCCGCGUAUGAUGGAACUAAUCAGAUUAAAAUGUAAGAAGGGUGGUGUUAAAUCAAGUGUCGGUUCUAAUGUUACUGGUUGCAAGAUGUUUGUUUCGCAGAAGGACGGAGAGUUGGUAAUAGUUAGUUGUGACUUAAAUCAUAAUCACCCUCUUAGCCCCGAUUGCAGUAGAAUGAUGGUUAACUACCGAUGCAUUGAUGGUCCGACAUUCGAUAGGGUAAUGAUAAACGAAAGGGGGGGAGUUAGUAUUAGUAGAAACUUUGGCACUCAAUUGAUUGAAAAAGGUGGCUUUGAUAAUAUUACUUUCAACAAAAAGGAUAUUAGAAAUGCCAUAGCCGUUGAACGACGUAAAACAAUGUUUGAGAAAGGAGAUGUUGCCGGUCUUGAAGAGUAUUUCAAAUCACAACGAGAACUGAAUGGCAAUUUCUAUAGUUCUAUUCAACGUGAUGGUGAAGGUAUUUUAAAAAAUGCAUUCUGGGCCGACGCGCGUAGUAGAGGGACUUGCAAAUAUUUCGGAGAUGUGAUAAGUUUUGACACAACUUUUUCAAGCAACAGGUAUCGUAUGCCAUUUGCUCCUUUUUUUGGCGUAAACCACCAUGGCAAAUCAACUAUAUUUGCGGCCGCUUUAAUCUCACAUGAAGACACUGAAAGUUUUGUUUGGGUGUUUGAGGAAUGGCUAAAGUGUAUGGGAAAGCCUCCGAAGGGCAUUUUGACUGAUCAAGAUAGGGCAAUAUGUAGUGCAAUAGGCAAAGUCUUCCCCGGUGUUCCACACCGACUUUGUUUGUGGCAUAUGCUACAGAAUGCAUCCCGGAAUCUCGGUAAGCUAGUUGAUUGGAAAAGCAUUGAUACGCUGAUUAGAACAGCCGUGCAUGAUAUGCUCGAUCCCGAUGAGUUUGAUGAGGCUUGGUGUCUUGUGAUGGAUAGAUAUAAUCAACGAGGUAAGGGUUGGAUGCAGGAUGCAUACGACAACCGUCGGCAAUGGGCACCAGCCUACAACAGAGGCACAUUUUGGGCUGGAAUGUCAUCUACGUAG